UGGUUGUUGUUAACAUAUAAGAAUAAUCAAGAAAUAUAUAACAUAGCGAAAAAAAAGAAAACGAAUCGUGAUCAAAAUACAGAACAAUGGAAUUUUGUAUUAAAAUCCUUCUGCUUCUUACCGUUAGCUGUAUAGCUAAAGUUGAGAAGAUUUAUCGGGGUGAAGAAUCACACAGUCAAGCUGCACAUGCCCCUGGGAGAUUUGUUCCACAGUAUAAGCCUGCACCAGAACCAGCCAGCUUUCAACCAAGGCCUGUGCAAUGGCCCGCCAGGGUCCAGACACCGACGCAAGUUCAAAACCCUUUCCUCCAGUCAAAGCAGAACUUCAAUGAGUCUUUGACCUGGAGAUUUCCUGAAGAUCCAGUCAAAGAGGUGCAGCUGGCUAUUGAUGAGCAGAGACUGCUGCCUGGACCUGCCAAUAGUGUGGCAGUUCAAUGUGGGGAGACUGCUGCCCAUGUGGAAGUCAAGCGAGAUCUGCUCGGUAUCGGCCAACUCAUUCACCCAGCGGAUCUUACCUUGGGAGGCUGUGCUGUCACUGGGGAGGAUGCUUCCGCUCAAGUUCGGAUCUUUGUCACUGAGCUGCACGGAUGUGGCAGCACUCUGACGUUGACUGAAGAUUCACUUGUCUAUGUCUUCACACUCCAUUAUACACCAGCCACUCUGGGCAGCAGCCCCAUUGUUCGGACUAGGGAAGUGGUGGUCUUGGUUGAGUGCCACUAUCAAAGAAAUCAUGAUGUGAGCAGUGAUUCAGUGAAGCCCACCUGGAAUCCCUAUGCCUCCACUAAGGUUGCAGAGGAGCUCCUCUACUUCUCCCUGAGGAUGGUGACUGACAACUGGCAGUUGGAGAGACCCAGCAAAGAGUACGUCCUUGGAGAUAAUAUUAACUUUGAAGCUUCUGUCGUCCAGUUCUACCAUGUGCCCCUCCGAGUCUUUGUGGACAACUGUGUAGCCACAGUCAUCCCAAACACCAACACUGUCCCAAGAUAUGCCUUCAUCGAGAACCGUGGGUGUCUGGUCGACACCAAGCUGACAGGCUCCAGGUCCCAGUUCAGACCUCGCACCAUGGAUGACACGCUCCAGUUCCAGAUAGAAGCCUUUAGGUUUCAUGUUGUGAACACUGGCUCAGUGAGUAGUUAA